AUGCAGACCCUGAUAGAUGACACUAUGUCGCAAGCUAUGACCAAAGCCCUUAUGUCGGCCAUGGGACUAAUGUCUGACUCAAUAUCUCAGUCGCUCACACAUGCCCUGAUUCAGGCGCAAAAAUCUGCGCAACCGACGGCAGCCCAAGUUUUGCCAGUCACGACUCCUUUACAACCUCUAGCUGGCCGCAAGGCCGUAGCAAAGGUGAAACACUCCUCAAUGCCACAGAUGGACAGCCAUGCACCUGUCACAGAUGGCGCGACUAAUAUGCCACCACGCAAAAGAGCCUCUAGCCGGGCAAAAUCGGCUAGAUUGUGGAAACGGGCAAAGGCCCAAAUAGAUUCUGAGUCGGAUCUCAGCGACAUUGAGGAGGAG